AUGACGUCCGUCUUUCAGCCUGGCAUCUACAAGGGCAAGGUGCUCUUCAUCACUGGCGGCCGCUCAGGCAUCGGCUACUCGAUCGCCGAGGAGAUGAUGCGUUUCGGCGCCAACGCGUGCAUCCUCGGCCGCGACGCCAAGGGCCUUGCCGAGAGCGCAGCAAAGCUCGAGAAGAGCACGGGGAGCAAAUGUAUCGCAGCGGCGGCUGACGUGCGGAGCAAGGAGGACCUGGCAAAGGCCGUCAAGGCGUGUCUUGACAAGUUUGGCCGUAUUGACUUUGUCGUGUGUGCCGCCGCCGGCAACUUCCUCGCUCCCAUCUCGGGCAUGUCGGAGAACGCGUUCCGCACCGUCAUCGAGAUCGACACUAUUGGCACCUACAACACUGUCAAGGCUACUCUCCCCGCCAUCCGCGCAACCAAGGGUGCUUACCUCCACAUCUCGGCUACCCUCCACUACGCCGGCACGCCGUACCAGGCGCACGUGAGCGCAGCCAAGGCAGCGAUCGACGCCCUUUCCAACGUCAUUGCCGUCGAGGAGGGCCCGCGCGGUGUCCGCUCCAACGUCUGUGCUCCUGGCCCAAUCGCCAACACCGAGGGCAUGAAGCGCCUCGGCACCAAGGGCCGCCAGAUUGAGCGCGGUAUCCCCCUCGGCAGGCAGGGCGACACUGUCGACAUUGCAAACUAUGCCCUGUGGCUGUUCUCGCCCGCUGCUGCUUGGGUCACUGGUAGCGUUAUGGUUAUCGACGGUGGCCAGAACCACAUCCGCGGAACUAGCCUGCCGUACCCCGAGAGCGUGCUUGACCCCGAGAGCGUCAAGGAGCUGUACAAGGGCAAGCUGUAG